AUGGAGCAAGAAAAUGCCAGCGAAAGUUCUAAUAAUGAAACAAUUUUCGAAGAUGCUGUAGACGACGGUCCAGAUCAAAUUGAUGAAAGCAUUAGACAGACUGAAGACGAAGUAAACCGGACAUUCAGUGAAAACCCGCUGUUUAAUGAAGAAGCAACAUUUACGCGACCGAGGCCAAGAAGCUACCAAGUCAACAACACAACUGAUAGCAAAGACGAUUCCGACAAUUGGGCUGAAAAAUGGAAAAAUCACCGAAUUCCAAAGUUUGCCGAUUCCGGUCUCGGAAUAAAAGACUGGGCAAACAAAGUAAUCUUUAUGAUCGACUUUUCACGAAAACGGCCAUUGAAUGAUAAAGAAAAAUGCCAGCUUAUUUUGGAAAAUAUUCCGACGAAAUCAUUUGGCCCGAUACUUGAGUCCUUCUCCCAGACAGCAAAUAAAAACUAUGAAGACCUUCUAUCUGUACUCGAAAAUGAGCUACAAAUUGACGAAGCUGAAGCGAGCAUGUCCCUCGCCAAUCUCAAAUUCGAAGAGUCUCGCGACAAGGACCUGAAGCGCUUUUUGAAAAAAUAA